AUGUAUAGAAACUUCUUGUUUUCUUUCAUUGUAUCGUUAUUUUAGUUCGAUUUAACGUAAUCACCGAGUUAUACAGUUGUCGAAGAUGACCGAAGGAUUGACGAUUGAUCAAAUCAACGAGUUUCGUCAAGCGUUUUCGAUGAUUGAUAAGGAUUCCGAUGGGUUGAUUACUACAGAUGAUCUGAUAGGUGUGAUUCAGACGUUGAAUGAAAAUGCUACUGACGAGGAGGUCCAAGAAAUGAUGAACGAAGUCGAUACGAACGAAGAGGGCACUAUCGAUUUUGAUGAAUUUCUCAAUAUAAUGUCCAGACGAGUAAGGGAUAAUGUGAGCGACGAGUUGAAAGAAGCUUUUAAAGUAUUUGAUAGAGAUCAGGAUGGUUAUAUUUCACCAGAUGAGUUGAGAAAUGUAAUGAUAAACUUAGGGGAGCGUUUAAAAGACGAAGAGUUGGAACAAAUGAUACGAGAAGCCGAUCUCGACGGAGAUGGCGUUAUUAGCUAUGACGAGUUUGUCAGGGUUAUGAUGAGCGCCUCGUAAACAAGCUAAACGACGAGGUUACGUAUUUGUCAACGACAAUGUUUGAUAUUCUAGUAAACAAUAAGGCUAAAAUUAACCCAAUUUACGCAAAAUAUUCCCCGUAAAAUGAUUUCUUUCUUUUAUUUUUUAGUUUCUUAUUCUCAAUUUCCAAUUUUACGUUGUAUUGUUUUACUACUACGUGCCGAUAAACACACGUUAUAAAGAAAUGGUAACAACAGAUGUUUUUGCGGGAUUCCAAUCUUCUGAUUUAUUUCAUAUCAAGGAGUUGCGGUGUCGAGAAGUAAGAUAAAACUGCACAAUAAAUGUUUUAUUUUUAUUAUGUAUUCGAAUAUAAAAGGCUUAUUAAUGGGUAAGAAAAGAAUUUAAAUG